AUGCAAAAAGUGAACAAAGACUGUUAAAGCAUUACAUAUAGUGAAGAAAUCCUGGGUUGCUGCAAGAAUGGCAUCAGUAGGGACCAACCAUAGACGUUGUAGAAGUGAAAUUGUUACGUCGUUAAAUAAUAAUAAUAAUACUCAAAGUAAUGGUUUUCAAAGAUUCAAGACUCAUAUGCAAAGGGCUUUAAAUUGGGGUGCUGGUCAGGACCAAGCUUUUUUCAAUCCAGAAAUAUUAGCUAAUCAGAAACGCCAGUGGUAUCAGUUUCAAUCAAAGACACCGGAUACAACAAAGUAUCAGGAUCCGACCGCACUUUUUGAGCAUUUUCUUAUCGCGGGUAUCCAUCCAAAUGCUAAUCUAAUGCCUGUGGAGGAUGCAUUUGCCGCAAAAAAGAAGAUGGAGGCCAGAAUGGACAAAACAGAUAUGACGGAUUAUAAAAUCAGGCAGUUGAAAUCACCUCCAGCUGUGAUGAUGGAACCUCAGAUACUUUUCAAGUACCCUCCAGGGAAGAAGUUAUCUAUGGAGUUAGCAGAUUUAGCAUCCUUUUGCUUUCCUGAAGGUGUGAAGGCAUGUAUGCUGACGAGGUCUCCAUCACUAAGUGAGCUUAAUCAACUCGUUUACGGACAGGAACACUUGACCAGAGAUGACUUAUCAUUUAUAUUUUCAUUGAAGGUGGCAGACAAUGCAACUCUUUAUGGUGUUUGCUUACACACUCAAGAAUUCGUUCAGAGACCACCAGGGAUGCUUGGUUCUGCAUCAAAGGCCCCAAGAACACCCGGAAGAGGCAGUCGUUUUUUAAUCACUGCACCUCGCUGUUACUGUCUAUUGACAAGAGUUCCAUUUUUUGAACUACACUACCAGAUGUUAAACAGUAUCGUUGCUCAGGAGCGCCUCCAUCGAAUAACACAGUUUGUUAGUGAAGUGAGUCUUGAUCAUAUUCCUUCGUCACCCAAAGUAAAUGACCGAGAGGAUGGAUGUACUGGCAGUCCAAGUAAGAAGCACUCAUGGAUGGAUUCUGCAAUACCAGUUAAUGGCACGUUAGCCCUUUCGGUUUCUUCUACUGGCAUCUUAGAUAGUGGGUUAAAUUCACCUUCAAAACGGGAAACCAGGUCUCCUAGUUCUGGAAGAAAGCAGCAGCCUAGUAAUGAUGUGUCAGAAAAGCAAUGGGAGUACAUGGGAAAAGUGCAGGGUGAUCAUGAUAGCAUACGAAAGGCAAGUGUUGAGGCAUGUGUAAUUCCUGCGAACCGGCCUUUGGAACGAGUUGGAAGUUCUGGACCAUUGUUCAGUUCAGUGAAAGGCAUCGUGGCAGAGGAUGAAGAUGGAGUACUCUCUUGCAGUGAUAUCAAUUCUACUAAUAAAACAAUAAUGGAAUGGGCUAAGGAAAAUAAAAAUGAGUUGCUACAGAUUGUUUGCAGCUAUCAUGAAAUGCCAGUUCCAUCAUAUGGUGGUAAAGUACAUUUCAAGCCACUUGAGCAUUUGCAGGCUAUUGAAUAUUAUCGAACUGCCUUUGCUUUUGGAGAAGGUCCUAAUGUUGAUAUGUCAAUGAUUCCUGAAAAGGUCAAAUUUAAGCUUGCUGCAAUCGAGGAAGCUGUCUCGUUAUCAAAUUGGACAACCAUAACAAUUUGUAGAGCUCUUUCCCUUGAAAAUGUUCUGAUUUUGCUUGCGGCAGUACUUUUGGAGAAACAAGUUAUCAUUACGUCCCCAAAUAUGGGAGUCCUAUCAGCCACAGUGUUAUCCCUUAUUCCUAUGAUUCUUCCCUUUGAAUGGCAGAGCUUGUUCCUUCCUAUUCUUCCAGGGAAGAUGUUUGAUUUUCUUGAUGCGCCUGUUCCUUUUGUGGUUGGGAUACUACACAAACCAGCAGAUAAGAAGUUGAAAUCCAAUAACCUUGUUCAUGUUAAUUUGGUUGACGACCAGGUGGAAAUGACCUCCUUGCCAGCGCUUCCUAAGCAUAGAGAACUCUUGACCAGACUUGGGCCACUUCAUGCUAGACUUUCAAGUGACAAAACUGCUGCUAAAAAGCAUCCAGUAUACCGGUGCAACAAAUGGCAGAUUGAAGCUGCGACACAAUUUUCAGCAGUCGUGAGGCAUCACUUGGAGUUGCUUUCUUCAAAUUUGUCCAAUCAUGCAAUCACUAGUGUACAAAAUAAUGACAGGGUUUCCCUACUUAUCAAAGAGAGCUACAUCGAUUCCUUCCCCUACAGAGACCGACAAUUUGUCAGGGAAUUUGCAGAUACACAGAUGUUCACCGUUCUAUCAGACACUCGACUAUCUAGACCUGAGUAUCAAUAAUUACCAAAGUUAAGGGUGCAAUCUAUUGCAUGAAUUCAUUUGUUGAAGACCUUAGAAUGCCAAAUUUGUACCAUGAACAACGUUUAGUAUUGUACUCUUCAUAGCAUAAUUGAUUGCGGUUAUAUGUUUCUUUGGUAAAAGAUAGACACCAUCAUCCCUAUGUUUUUAAUGGGAUAGAUUUUGGAUUCUUAAUAUGGCUCAUUCCCU